AGACAAGAAGGAUGGUGCUGUGGCCGAGCUCUGUAGAUGCACACGGCUGGUAACAGAGCAACCGGGACCAAGGGACAACAAGAGCUCAGGAGAAGGGGAGAGACAGGUCGCCCAGAGAGUAGACAAUCCAGGGCUUGAGGAGGCUGGCUGUGCGGUUUAUUUUUUCUCUCCACAAAGACACACACUGUCUAAACUGUGUGACUGGUUGUUAUUAAGAAGCUGCUGCGAGAGGGAAAAAUGUAUUUAAUAAAAGGCCCUGUGUUUAUGGUCUUCUUGGGCUUGCUGUGAGUUCUGGAAAUCUUGAGGUGUGACCAGAUUUCAGCCUUCAGAACCAAGAUGGACUGCCCUUGAGAAGGGGUGGUCAGAGGCAAACAUGUUCACGCUCUCCCUCCUGAGUCGGGGCCACGGGAAGCUGGGCCAGGACAAACAGAAGUUAGAAGUCUACUUUGAACCAGAGGAUUACUUGAACUGGAGGUCCCCAGAAGACUACGUUCCUGUCAGCAAACCUCAAGAUGAGAACAAUGCCAACCAGCACUCCUGGAGCCUCUUUCUCCCUAAAACUUUCAGCACUAGAAAGGGUGCCCUGAUCCUCUACUCAGAAGGUUUAGCCAUUUCGGCAUGGACACCCAAAGAGAGGAGAAAAGACCCCUACUGCCCCAAAGGUCCCUGGAGGAAGUUGGGUCUUGAACUGCACACCCUUCAAGACCUCAAAGAAGCCAUCCUGGCAUAUGGAAGGCAACAGAGACAGCAGGACAGAGCCUGGCAACCAUACCUCCACUUCCGAAGCCAGCUGGAGAGCCAGGCCCAACGGCAGAUCCAGCCGGGACAUUCAGCCAAGAGAUACCUCCGAGGCCUCCUGCGGACUUGGCCCCCAGACGCCAUGUAUAGGCUCUGGUGCGCAGGAUACAUCAAGGAUUCUGUGCUGCUCCAGGACAGUCAACUUAAUGUACCAAAGAAGCUCAGGCCACAACAAGAUCUUUCAGGUGUACCCCCAAAAUACCAUCUGCCUGUCUUCCCUUCAUUUUGGAUUCAACAAGGAAAAUCUUUUGAACAAGGUCAACAGGGCCUGGAUGAAGGGGAAGAUGGAGCUGCUGGACAUGUGGACCAGGGCCCUCUAGCCAAGAACCAUGGCAGUCAGGGGACUCGCUUGCCACCACUCAGGAAGCAGCCCUGGCAGGAAGACGAAACGCGGGCAGAGGACACGUCAAUAGAGAAACACCUUCGUUUAUAUGCUUCAAAGGAAAGAUACAAUGAAAAGACACAGCAAACCUCCAGGAAGGCCUUUGGGCAUGGCCACAUCGAUUACUCUUGUCUCCCAAGUGACAAAUCCCACAUCACAUUCUGUGGAGGCACUUUCCCUAAUAGGAAGGCAGAUCUCAACGAUAAACAAAGGAAUGUGAAACUCCACAAGGCCAGAAGUGACCACUUGUUACAGGCGCUUCCUGCUGAAAGAUGCCUCUUCCCUCCUGUAGCAUCUGCCACUGGCUCCGGAAUAAUCACCCCUGGAGAAGUGAAGAAGAAAAAGGCACCAAAGGCUUUGAAAUUACCUCCUAUCUCAGAAGAACCACCCAGAGUCUUGGAGCCCCUGAAGAGCCAAUUUAAAGCCAAUGAGCCCCCAACAGAGCUCUUCAUCUUCCCAGUGGAGAUUCAUUACCACAUCCAACACCCGCCAAAAGAGAAAGCCCACAAAAGAGGUGCUCCACACCCUAAGUCAGAACCAGAAAGAAGCAAAGAAGCCAGGCCUGUGUGGAAACCUCCCCUAAAGCAUGUGUCCUUAGAAAUGCCACGGGAGUUAACGGUGCAUCUCCCAUUGGACCCGGGCAGGGACACACUCUCACCUCAAGAUGAUGAUGCCCCGCCCCACGAUGUGGCCCCACAAUUGGAUCUUCUACCCCCGAUUAAAGGGAAAAAAAGUCCCGAGAGCCAGAAGGGCCUGGAUAGCCCUAGGACAUCAGGCCGCAGCAGCCCCCCAUGUCUCCCGCACAUGACAGCGCCCAGGAGGGCACUGCCAGCAGCUCAAGAAGAUUCCAGCGACCCCACACUGGGACACUUCUUGCUGGGUCCAGAUGGAGAAAAAGUCUGCCUGUCCCUCCCAGGGCAUACCCAAACCGAGGCGCUUCCAUCGGGUAAAGCCUAUGAAUCUGUCAAUUCAAAUAUCAGCCAUGAAGAGGAAGGGCCUAGUAGUCAGCAUUUCCUAACAGCAAACACUGAACCUAGAGCCAACCUUCACAUGAAUCUUUAUGAAACCUCACCAUUGACCCAAACAACAGAGAAUCAGGGAGCCCAGCAGUCCUUGGAGGCAGCAGCUCAGAAGACAGAAGAGCCUCAAAGUUGUACAAAUAAAGGGCUGAUAUGUUCAAACAGAAAAGAAUUUUACACACGCAAGCUGCACAUCGACAUGACGCCGUUCCUGAAGGAAAGUGGAAAUGCACUGGACUCUCAGGAAGAAGCGGGGAGACCCCUCAGAGAAACUCAUCAUGACAGCCAAGAUUCAGAGCCAAAGAGUAUGACCCCUGACUCUCUCAGGGCUUCUCAAACUGAGCACAUCCGGACCCCAGAGGCAGAUAUUGUGCAAAAGGUGGGCAGAGAUUAUGAUAUACACCACCUACACAAAGGACUUCUGGGAUACGGGCCUGAGUCACCCAAGAAGUUGAGCGCUGUGUAUACAUCUCUUCUUCCAAGAGAAAGAGAAGGGAAGGCUGAACCAAGACUAUUUGGCCAGGAGACAUCAGCCAGCAUCAGUCAUGAGAGGGAUUUGAUUGACAAGUCCAAGAGAAAGAAAAGACCCAAGAAAGACAAAACCAAAGGACCCAAAAGGGAGAGAGAAGGAAAGGUCUACAGGGAAGCAGAGGCUGCCAUUGGAAAGUCAAAGGACUCAAAGGCUAAAAAAAAAUUAGAAAAAAAAACAAGACCCCAAAGGAAAAGGACACAGAAGGAAAGAAAUCUGGAGACAGCGGCAGAGCUGAGUGGGCCUAAUGUCAACUCUGAGGAAACAGAAGACACCUCAAAUAGAAGUUCCUUCGCUUCAGACUCCUUCGUAGAGGACCCUUGGCUUUCUCCCAAAUAUGAUGCCCAGGAGAGCCAAGUUUCUCUAGAAGCAAGAUCAUCACCCUCCCAGAUUGCAACUGUCACUGGCAACAUGGAAUCUAAAGAAGAGAGAAGCUGUGAGGACCCUUCCAAGGCCCUCCUCACUAAGAGGGAGCAGGAGAAGGCUUCCUGGGACAGGCUUCGAGCAGAAAGAGCCGAGAUGAGGCGGCUGGAGGUGGAGAAGAAGAGAAGGGAGCAGGAAGAGCAAAGGCAGCUCCAGCAGGAGCAGCUGGAGAGAGCCAAAAAGAUGGAGGAGGAGCUGGAGCUGGAGCAGCAGAGACGGGCAGAAGAGAUCCACUUGAGGAAACAGAGACUCCAAGAAGAACAGCAGCGGCAGGAGGAGGAGGAGAGAAAGCAGCAACUCCGGUUGAAAGCAGCCCAGGAGAGAGCCCGGCAACAGCAAGAGGAGUUUCGGAGGAAACUGCGAGAACUACAGAGAAAAAAGCAGCAGGAGGAAGCCGAGAGGGCUGAGGCAGAGAAGCAAAGGCAAAAGGAAUUGGAAAUGCAGUUAGCAGAAGAACAAAAACACCUGAUGGAAAUGGCUGAAGAGGAACGACUGGAGUACCAGCGGCGAAAACAGGAAGUAGAAGAGAAGGCUCAGCUGGAGGCAGAGGAGAGGAGGCAAAAGGAAGAGGAAGCAGCAAGACUGGCUCUGGAAGAAGCCACGAAACAAGCCCAGAAACAAGCCAGGCAAAAAGCUGCCUUGAAGAAACAUCUUCAUUUCCAUCAAGAACUCCAUAAGGAAGCCAGUGGUCUGCAGUGGACACAUAACAUUUCCAGACCAUGGGUUUACUCUUAUUUCCAGUUCCUACAAAUACCCAGGCCUUAAGGCUAGAAGAAAACUAAAAAAUUAGGAUGUUGCAGUCAAGCACCAGAUAAGAGUGGCUUCACUAAACGUUAUCCAAGGUCCCUUCAGAAAUCCGAUAAUCUGUUAAAAUUUUUGUUGUGAAAUGCCUAUUUUAUCAGCACUGCUAAUCAGAUAAGCACAAAUUUAAGUUAACCAUAGCAGAGUGCAACACAUUUAGAA